UCGCUACGAGACGUUCGAUUUUACAGACAGCUGGAUGCCAAAAUCAUUCUUGGCUUUUUUAACUGUGAUUUUUCUUUCACCGCGCGCGUGAUUAUGAUUUAAGGAGAUCUACCUCUUACCUGUAAGCCAGCUGCUUAGGAACAUGGCCCAGUACGACGACGGACCCAGUUGCUCCUACAGCACGGGCUACCCCUCGUCGUCCUCCUCCAUCUCCGCCAGCCCCAUGAGUACGACGGAUCCCGACGCGCUGGCCAAGCUGCAGAAAAUCGAAGUGGAAAUUGAGAGAUGUCUGGAUAAGUUUUCGGAACGCGACAAGCGCAAACGCGCCGUGCUGUUCUGUGAGCUGCACGAUCUGAUCACGACCGCCACGGAUCUGCGAGUGAACCAUCUCAUGUGGAACCCCCUGACGGCCGUGCGGACCGCCAGUCCCAAGCGGAAAGCGGAGCCCGUGGACUGGGGCCGGGCUAAUCGGAGUAUGUUCCGUGAUCAUGCGGAGGCCAUGAAGAAGAAACCAAAGAUGGCGCAGCGUGCGCCGCGACGCGGGAAGCAGACGAAGAACGGGACGGACGCGGCGAAGCCUGCAGAGGCGAAACCCAAACGGGCGAAAAAGGCAGCCAAGGCUCCAGCUCGGGCGCCUUCCAUCAUCGAGAUCCCCGUCGUGCCGGACGUGCCGCCGCCAGCAUCGUCACCGACAAAACGCGGGCGCCCGAAGAAAGUACCGCCUCCUCCGGCGCCGGUGCCGCCUCUUAAUGUCGCCCCAUCCACCGUAGUCGCUGCCGGCACAGCGGGGACCGGCGUGGUGGGCCUCAUGGAUAUUGCGCUGUUGAAUACGUUCGCCCAGAAUGGACCCAUCGCCAAUGGAACGGCGAAACUGCAACCGGUAGGCGUCCAUCAGCGGCGCCGCACCAAGAAGGUGCCCUUUGAAUCGGAUGAGCCUUCGGAUGCUGCACCUGCACCAAAGAAGAAGAAAGCCAAGAUUGAGGAGCCCGUGUACUGUAUCUGCCGAAUGCCGUCCAGUGGUAAAAUGGUGCUCUGCGAUAAUGCCCACUGUGAGCUGAAGUGGUUCCAUUUCACCUGUCUGCGGAUGCGUAAAACCCCGCCCGGGAAGUGGUAUUGCCCCAGCUGUCGUCAGGAGGGGGAUCCGUCGACGUUGAAGGUACAGGCGUAACGAGAUCUCCGCGUUGAGCACAGUGUCGUUUGGAUUCUAUUGGUCUCGUUCUGUAAGUAUUCUGUUGACUAAAGAGGAUUGCUUCAGUGUUUUUGUUUUGUAACGGCAUUCCAGAUUGCGAUUGAGAUAUUUAGUGUGUUUGUUUUCGCCGUAAAUGCAUUUUGGAACGAUUAUUACGUGUAGUCAAAUAUCUCUUGUUGGAAAAGGGGUUUAUUCUGUAACGGUUGUAUUACUUUGAACCGCUCUGGAUAGAAAAGAAAAUGAUUGGAAUUUAGCUUUGUAUGUAUACAAUAAAAAUGACG